AUGCGCCUUCUUCGAAAUCUCGCCGCCGGCGCUGCUUCGUGUCUCUUGGUAUUGCUUGCAACCACGGUCGAUGCACACUCCCAAUCAAGGAACCCGUUAAACUAUCUAUCAUUGCUUGAAAAUCCUCGGAUACAAACGCCCUCACAAAGGGUACACUGUGCAUCCAGCUUUGACCUGACUUUCGACCUCCAUCACAACACCCAGCAUGUUCGACUGAGCCUUGAACCCAACCACGACAUCAUUCAUGAAGACUCUUUCAUUGAAUUCAUUGACAAAUAUGCCAAUGUCAGGCAUGUCGAAAAGAUGCAGCGGGAGGAACACAAGAUCUAUCAGGGAAAGGCUUUUCUCGUUGAUGACGACGGAAUGAAUCGACAUGUCGGAUGGGCUCGGAUUUCUGUGAGACGAGAUGGCGUCAAGCCUCUCUUUGAAGGCGCUUUCACCGUCAUGGGCAACCAUCACAAUGUCCAGCUGAAGUCAAACUACAUGGCCACCAAGCACGAACUCGAUCCCGUACUCGAAGAAGACGACGACGAGUAUAUGGCUGUCUGGCGUGACUCGGACGUCAGCCGUCAAUCUCAUACGGACCUUAAACGGAGCGCGGGCCUAACCUGCGGCUCUGACAAGUUGGAGUUCAACACCCAUCCGGAUCACCCUAUCUACCGUGACUUGAUGCUGAAACGUGAUGAUGGUUUCUGGGGGGACAUGGGCGCCAUGUCCAUUUCCAACAUGUUUGAAAAGCGACAGAGUAACAUCGACGGUGGCGGGGUGGGCUCAGGCAAUUCGGCCGGCGUCAGUCUAGCUUCCACCGUUGGCAGCACUGCUGGUUGCCCAACCACUCGCAAAGUGGCCUUGGUUGGUGUCGCUACUGACUGUACUUACACCGCAAGCUUCAACUCGACCGAUAGCUUGCGACAAUACAUCAUCAGCCUGGUCAAUACUGCGUCUGAACUCUAUCAGUCUACGUUCAACAUCACUCUCGGCCUCCGCAAUCUGACCGUUUCCGACGGCGAAUGUCCAGGGACAGCAAGCACUCAGACGCCGUGGAACGUAGGUUGCUCAAGCAGCACCGAUAUGACACAACGGCUUAACCUGUUCUCUUCAUGGCGUGGCCAACGAGGGGACGACAAUGCUUACUGGUCUCUCUUCACCAGUUGCAAUACUGGCGCGGAAGUUGGCUUGGCCUGGCUUGGACAGUUAUGCAACUACGGUUCCACUGCGCAGACAGACACUAGCGGCAAUUCUCAGAGCGUCACGGGCGCAAAUGUCAUCGCGAAGACCUCGACUGAGUGGCAAGUGUUCGCUCACGAGACUGGCCAUACUUUUGGAGCUGUCCACGAUUGUGACUCCAGCACCUGCGCCGACUCCAACAUUGUCAACUCUGGCCAGUGUUGCCCGCUUUCCUCGACCACCUGCGAUGCAAAUGCUCAAUACAUGAUGAAUCCUUACUCUUCGCCGGAUAUCACCAAAUUUUCGCCUUGCUCGGUCGGAAACAUUUGCAGCGCACUUGGCCGCAACUCGGUUCAGUCGCAAUGCCUCACUGAUAACAAAGGUGUCGUUACCAUUAGCGGCCACCAGUGCGGGAAUGGCAUAGUCGAGGAGGGCGAAGACUGUGAUUGUGGCGGCACUGAAUCUUGUGCUGGGAAUAGCUGCUGCAAUCCCACAACUUGCAAGUUCAACGCGGGCGCUGUUUGCGACCCCAGCAAUGAAGGCUGCUGUACCUCGACUUGCCAAUUCUCUUCUUCUGGGACUGUCUGUCGUGCCAGCACUGGCCAAUGUGAUCCUGCCGAGACCUGUUCUGGCACUAAUGGCACAUGCCCUCCAGACACCACUGCGCCCGACGGAUCUGACUGUGGUAAUGGUCUUAAAUGUGCCAGUGGCCAGUGCACUAGUCGAGACCUUCAGUGCAAGACUCUCAUGGGCAGCUAUACCAGCGACAAUGACACCUAUGCUUGUAACAGUCAAACCUGCACUUUAAGCUGCGCCAGUCCAGAUUUUGGAGCGAACGUCUGUUAUAGUAUGCAGCAAAACUUCCUGGAUGGUACUCCAUGUGGCGGUGGUGGGGAAUGCGAGAAUGGCGUGUGCAAAGGAAGCACCGUCGGGGGCGAAGUCAAGUCAUGGAUUGACGACAACAAAACUUUGGUUAUUGCCCUGGCCAGCGCGAUUGGAGGCCUCCUGCUUCUUGCUAUUCUUGGAUGCUGCAUCAGAGCAUGCAGACGGCCGAGGGGGAAGAAAUUGGACGGCAUUGUUCCCGGGCAACGUCGGCAUAGACGUGGAGUCCAAGCAGCUCAACGUGGAGGGUGGGAUGGACCUCAAAUUCCUCCGCCGAUGAGAGAUCGUGGAUACGGCGGUGGAUGGGAACAAUCGCCUGUACAGAUGACAUCCCCACAGGGCUGGUAUCCUCCUCAGCCACCGCCUGCUUACGGGGGUUGGGAUGGCUAUCCGCAACGAGGACAAAGUGUGAGGUACGCAUAA